CUCAGCCUCCACAAACAAGUCUCCUCCCUCACGCAAGCCCUUCCUUGACUUGGAUCUCGGUAUCGAUUCAUGGCGCCUUGGCCAUGGCCAGGGCCUUCAAGGUGUGCAAACGCUCCUUGCGAGGCCGUGGUCUUGGCCUCGGUGGCCUCUGAACUCGAGCUGAAGAACCCAAGCAAGAAGAGAUCCUAGGUCACUCGGUCGAUAGAUUCAUGGCUCCUCGGCCAUGGCCAUGGCCUACAAGGUGUGUGCAAACAUCCUUGGUAGACCCUGGUCAUGGCUUUGGUGUCCUCUGAAGCAUAGACAGGAGACUCAACCACGCAAAGAACAGCAGGUCCUUGGUGUUCAUGGCCUUGGUGCCCAUGCUUAGUCGUAUUUUUCCGCACACCCGCUUCUCUCUUUUUUGGUAUACUAUCGGCGUAUCUUCAAUUUCUGCUUCGUGUUUGUGUGUUUGCAAAUCAAACUUGUGAUUUCAGAUCCAUGCUCUGCAUGUGUAGUUGGCUUUUUUUGUCGAUCUGUGCACGAACCGAUUGUUUUUGCCCAAUUUUACGAUCGUGAAACUGUUUGGGGCCUAUAUGCGCAGAGCCUAGCGCAGCGGUAGAAGCACUGUUGUCUGAACCUGGCCGGCUGGGUUCGAAUCCCAGUGGCUUUUUUUUUGUCCUGCCUCUUUUUUUUCGAGAUCUAUUUUGUGGUCUUACAGGCUUAUUAUGCGAUCUCUUAUUAUCUGAAAAUCGUUCAAUCCAUGUCGAUUAAUUGUUAUCCGAAACUGCCAUCUCUCGAUCACAGAGAAGCAAAAUUAUUUCUUUCUCCACUUGAAAUGACGGAGUUGCCCACUUGUUUUUUUCCCUCUUCGUUGUUUGUUUUCUUUGCAAGACUUCAAGCACCGGAUCUCCAGGCAACAGGCCCGCUCUUGAUACGAUUUUCUCAUAAGGCCCAUAUGCUACAAGAACUCGCUGUGUUUGAUGAUUCCAAAUGGCCCAUGGCAUGUUGCGAGAUGGUAUUUAAACGCUGCAGGCCGAACCCUAGGGCAAUAGCAUCUUUCCAUUUUCUCGUCCCCCAGCCGCCGCCGCCAGUGCUGCUUCCACUUGCCCUGCAACUGGAUCCCGGUGCCCGACCACCAUGUCGUCUCUCUUCCAUCUCCUUCGGUCGAAGGGCUUCGUCGCCGUCGUUCUACCUCUCAGUUCUGCAAUCGCGUCCGCACCAGAUGGGUCGCCCCCCCACUCCCAGUUCACCCCGAAGCAGAUCGACGACUUGCUGGCGUCGUUCUGCGCAAGUGUUGGUCGGAAGGAUGGUGGCAGCGGGUCCAGAGCGUUUUUGAUCGCUGGAUCUAAUGCUGCAGCAAGAGAUGCUGGUGCGGAAGACUCUGCGGGUGGGAUGAGGGUGUACAUGCUGUCUGGCUGUGCUGCUGCAGGCAGUGCGGCGCCCAAAUCUGAGCACUUUGAUUUGUUCAUGGACAACUUGAUGGUUUCCCCUCUGCGAUGUCCGGGAGGUACCCCUUGUCCUAACGUGGAUGGUCUGGGAGGCAAUGGAACUGCAAAAAUACCAACUGAAGAGGAAAAGAAGACAUUCCAGGAACUACAGUUCCAGUUGCAGAAGAAGCUCUUUGUUCUGUCUGCUCGUUCCAUCCAUCUUGAUAUUUGGCAGCAUAACGUGGAAGCACAAUCCCGUGUCAACGCUGCGUUGAAGAGUUCUGUUGAUGAUAGUCGAGCAGAGCUUGAGAAAGGGAAGCACGAGUUGAUCGAGAGAAGUUUGUUGUUUGAGAAGCAGAAAGCUGAUGAUAAGAAGGUGGACCAGGUCCUUGAAAUGGUUAAAGAGCUGGUUUCUAAUGCUGCAAAGGCUACGAAGGUUGAGAAACCUGAGGUCUCGAAUGAUGGAGGCAAACCUUCUGAGGCUGGGAAGGAAAAGUUUCAAACCAAGUCAAACAAAAUCUCUUGUCAGUUGUUUCAUUACUCCAAAUUCAAGAUUGUUUCGUAUGCAAAGUCCAGGAAGCCGACUGAUCAUUUUAUAACCAUUGCUCGACAGUUCCAUAACAGCUACUUUGUUGGUAAGAAGUAUUACCCGAUUGUGUUUGGUGUCAUCGUGUGGUACACGUCAGGGGUGGAAGUACGUGAAGUCUUAGAGUAUGCAGAGAUGAAGCAUGACGGAAACAAGGCAGAAUACAAGAAAGAGCUUGUGGAUUUCAGGGCAGGCAAGGUUGCAAAGGCCGAGGCUUUGCGCCAGAAGGAGGCUGAUGCUUUGCGCCAGCGGGAAGCUGAAGCAUUGCGCAAGCAGGAGGUUCAAGCUGAGGCUAAGCGCAAGCAGGAUGCUGCUGCUAAGCCCAAGCAGGAUGCUGAGGCUGGGGAGGGAAAGGAUGUUGCUGCUGUCAAGAAACCUUGGUGGUCAUACUUCUGGAAGUAGGUGAAGAGAACUCAUAGUGAAACCACUAUCCAUUUUGUUUCGAUCUACUUCUACCAGCCCAAGGGUUUGUUAGGGAACUUGAAAACUUAGUCUGCUGAUGUUUGAACCCUGUGGAGUUCUUUGUUUAUAUUCUGAUGGCAUGCCCAUGAGUUGUGUAGAUCUGUUUCAAUUGGUAUCAUGCCUUUGUCACUUCUGGUUUAA